GUUAAACAGCAGAGGCGGUGAGGAGGCUGACUGAGGCUCACACUCUGAGGCUCUGCUGCUGCUGCUACAAAAUGGCGGCUGGUGGUGAAGCUGUAAGCGGCAAUAGCCGCGGCUCCAGCACUGUUCUCGAGUCCACCUUAGACCGGCGUUUUCAAGGCAUUUCAAACACAAUGGAGUCCAUUCAAGGAUUAUCCACCUGGUGCAUCGAGAACAAGAAAUAUCACAGUGUCAUCGUGCGGUCCUGGCUGAAGUGGCUGCGAAAAUCGGAAGCUUCUCACAGGCUCAAUCUCUUCUACCUGGCCAAUGAUGUCAUUCAGAAUUGCAAGAGGAGAAACGCUAUCGUCUACCGCACCACCUUCACUGAUGUUUUGCCCGAGGCUAUUAAGCUCAUCAGUACUGUGAAAGACGCCAAGGUCCGGAAAUCGGUGCACAGGAUCCUGUCCAUCUGGGAAGAAAGAAAUGUUUACUCAGAGGAGCUUAUUAACCAGCUUAAAGGUGGUCUCAUCCAGCAAGAGGAACCACCAGCUCCCGCCAACCCGAAAGCUGAACUAAGAUCCAAGAUAGUCGCUGAGUUUUUGCCCUCAGCAUUUAUCGAGCAUCUCACCAAGUACAGGAACUCCAUGGAUGAGAUUGAGCUAAGAGAGAAGCAGCUAGCUGCAAUGAGAGUGGAUGUCUGCAGCACAGUAGCUCUGAAGAAACUCAAAGAUAAAGCAGGUGGCAAACGUUUUUCUAAAGAUUUUGAGGAUGGUAGUGCGAAACUGCAGGACUUUGUAGCCUUUCUGGACGGAGAGGUAAAAAAAGGACCUGCUCUGAUUGAGGCUCUGGAGAAUGCUGACAUUUUCUAUGAGAUGCAGUACAAAGAGGUCAAGAUUGUGACCAAUGCUUAUCAGACUUUCGCCAACCGAGUGUUGCAUCUCAAGAAGAAACUGGACGCACUCAAAGCUUCUUUACCUGACCCAGAUGACUCGCCAAUCCCCUCCCCCUCUGAGGACGCGCCAUCACCCACAGGUUCUGAGUCACCCUUCCAUGGCUUAACGCGAAUUGGUACCCCAGACCCAGAGCUGGACGGUCAGGCAUUGGAGGAGGACCUGAUCGCUAUAGGUGAUGCACCUAGUCCACUCUCUUCCCCUGGGGAUAAAGACAACCGUGACGUAGAGGACAUGGAACUCUCAGACGUCGAGGAGUUAGCGGAACCAACCAUCAUAGGUAAGAUUGAAGAAGGAACAGAGCAGCCUGGUCCUGCCAGUGUGUCCAAUCCAACACUGGCUCUUAGUGUCACUGAACCAUCUCAAACCAGUCUGGCUGCACCAGAGAGCGAACCUACGACCCCAGCAGCAGCCACGACCCCAACAGCAGGGUCCCUUCCCAUUAACCUGGCUGGUGUGGAUUUGGGCAAAAUCAGCUCUAUUAUUAGCACACUCACAAAUGUCAUGAAGAACACUGCUACAGGAGUAAACCCAGCAUUUCGCCCAUCCACCAGUACUUCAAGCACUCUUUCUUCAGCAAGUUCAACACUGAAGAGCCCCACGGUCUCUUCCUCACCAGCUGUUCCUGCUUCUAACUCGCUGGCCAAAAUACUAUCCAGGGUGGACAUCAACCCUGGCACCCUGCUAAACGUCUUGUCUAAAACCCAAGCACAAGGGAUUGGCCUUCAGGGACUGUCUUCUUUCCUGAACAAUCAGACCACAGUAACCUCAGCUCCUUCAGGCUCACAUUUGGACCCAUCUCCAGAAGCCCAUGCCUCUCCCAAUACCAAUCCAGUGCCACCUGCUCCUACAGUGGUAAGAGGCUCUACUCCUCAAAGGGCUGUGACUCUCCAGUCUUCUCAAUCUCCCAGCACUAUUCAGACCAGGAAUCUCCAGAAGGAAGCAGAGGACAAAGACAAAGAGGAGCCAGUUAUUUCUGUCAGUUCUACACUGGACUCCAAAAUUGAUGGUUUCCUUCAGGGGAAUCCAGGGUUGAGAGGCAUAAAUAUGGGUUUCCCACCUGUUCUUCCCUGGACUAAAGCUGUUGAUAGUCCUUCAGCGAGCGCAGAAAACCUAGGGGGAACUCCUGUGAGGGAUGAGUCUGGUGCAACGCCAACUCAAGAUGAGGUUAUGGAUGAGCCUGCAGUACAACCAUUCUUAUAUCAAGGAAGACCUCUGCAGACAGCUUCAACAACAUCUGCUUCUGCACCCGCAGUGGUCAGUGGACUGCCCAUGUCAACGUAUGCUAACGAUUCCUGGCAAGAGCAGAACAGGCACGUUUUGCAGUAUGGUCCUGGGUCACAGCAUAGUGGAAAUCGGUACAAGAGGGACUUUACAGUAAAACAGGACUUCCCGAGUUCAGGGCUACCUCUUAUAGAAACAGGACGUCCUCAGCACGUUGAAUCUUUGUUGCCAUCAUCAAUGGCAGACAAGAAUCAGAACUCAAAUAAAAACAAUGAGACCCUGGAGCGAAUUAGCCUGGCAACACCAUUCUCCAGUACUGGAGCAGACAAUGCUAGCUUGGCAAAUGAUGGCUGGUAUUGUGAUGCACGUGGACACGAUCAAGAACAGCGUGCAGGUGCCAACUCUGAAUCAUAUAAAGGAAAACAGCACCAGUCUGAAGAACAUAGACAUGAUACCAACCCUCCAAAUUUCUUCAACACCCCAUUACCACCCCCUCCACCAAUCCCCCAGCUUCCACCUCCUCCUCAAGACUUUGUUCCUCCAGUGGUAGGUGGAGUCAAAGAUCCUACUGAGCUGACAAAUAUCGCCGACAGUGUACAGGCUGGUGGAGAUGUCCCGGUGUAUCGCUCAACAAAUCCUGUUUCUCACGAUGAUUACGAUGAACGUCUCUUCAAUCGGAUCCCAGCCACAGAGACUUUUCAUCCUCAUCUCAACACGCCAGGGCCACGGCAUAGUGCAGUUACGCCACAUCCUGUUCGUCUGGGCCCCCAGAACGGCCCUGUGGACUUUAACCAUCGUCCCAGAGUUCCUGUACACAAUCAGCACCACCCUGGUAUGCCCCGUCCAAGUCCCCCAUCUACAGUUCGGGGUUACCAUGAGGCUCUUAGUCCAUCACAUGCUCCAUCUGAGGAUGCGUAUCUGGACCCACACUGUGAUGCGCCGCCUCGCAGCCCUUCUCCUCCUCUUUACAACGUUGAGCGCCCGGUGUCGCCUCAUACGCGCACGUUUUAUCCCGAAGAGAGAGCUGUACCACUGCACCAUCCAGAACCUAGAUUACGUCCUCAGCUCGAGCACAGGCCUCCUCCACCGCAUCACUAUCGUCCUCCACGGCCUGGUCACUACCCACCACAGAGACCUCUCCGUCGUCCUCCACCGCCACAUAUCCCUCAUCCCGGUGAGCCACCAUUCCAGAGAGGGAAGAGACACGGUCUUCCUUUUGGAGGUCCUUCAAGACCUGCGGGUCCGUUUUACCCUCCGAAAAGACCUUUCAUGCCUCCACGGUACUGAACUGUUAGCACAUCCAAGAGCUAGAGUGCAGGAUUUACGUGCUGACAGCCACGCAACGCCGAUCUUCCACUAGGCUUCAUUAGAUUACACCCUGAAACUCUACACUGACAGUCAGUACAUGUACGAAAAACACCGUGGUCUCAUGCAGCUUGAGGAUCUGUACUCUGUUGCUUGAAUUAUGGAAAGAGCUUCAAUCUCUAUAUGGGCUGUGAAGGGGAGCGGCUGCGUCGUCCUGUAACGAAAGCCGAGUCAGCAAGAGAAUGGGGGGAAAAAAGAUGACUGAAGUAGAAGAAUGAAGAGAAUCACUACAGGAAUCCUGGAGAGAAGAUGGAUCAUGGAAGUGGAGCAGCCAAGAAAUUGCAAGAUAAAGAGAAAAUGAGGUGGUUAUACUUUUAUUUGAUUGUUCUUUGCCAUUUAUUUUUAUUCACAGUUCUAAGGCAACGUUCAGAAUGAUUCGAUUCUAGUCAUCCAUCUUUCCUUCCUUUAAAGUGUGUGUGUGUGUGAGUGUGUGAGUGCAUGUGUGUGACUGAAUGCCUGUCUUUGGGUCUGUGCCUGAACAGGUGUAUCUGUCUGUUUAAACCAGAGGUGCACAGCUCCUGGUCCUGGAGGGCAGUUUGCUCUUUUCCCUGCACGGAAACAUCUGAUCCAUUUCAUCAGUUGCUUACAGGGAACAAAGCAGGCAGGGAAAUUGUUAAACUGUGCUUAUUUUUAACAUCUCCAGGGUAGAAGGUGUGCAGUGCUGGUUUAAACUUUACUAUUUGCAUUAAAAAAAAAAAAAAAAAAAAAAA